UUUACUCUAGUUAUCUUAGCACAAAUUUUAAUGAGUGUAAUUGUCUUAUGCGUUGAAGGAUUUCUUUUACUUCUUUCGCUUGAAAUAAAUGAUGCUCUUACCGCUGCAAAACAUGGAGUCUUUAUUAUUUCACUGUUAGUCCAACUUUUUCUUUACUGCUUCGCUGGACAGAUGUUGGAAUUUCAAUCGAAGGAAUUAGCCUAUGCAAUUUAUGAAUCACCAUGGUACACUUUUGACAUGAAUAUAAUGAAAAAUUUACCAUUGAUAAUUCUUCGAGCAGCCAGUCCUCAGCAGUUGACUGCAGGAAAAUUCGUAGCAAUAAAUUUUAUGACUUUUAAGGAAAUUUUAAAAGCUUCCGCCUCAUAUUUAUCUGUAUUAAGAGUAAUGAUGAAAACACUAUUCUUAAAAGUAUACGGUUUGUGGCCAUUACAGAAACAGACAGUAUUCACGAAGAUACAAUGGGGUUUUUGUUUGAUUACACAGUUUAUGAUACUACCUUGUCUGACGACGGAGCUGCUCUGGAGCAGCAAGGACGCCAGUUCAAAUAUAGAAAGUAUAACAUUCUUUGCGUCUACGUCGACUGGACUUAUAAAAAACAUAUGUCUUAUUGUUAGUCAAAAAAAACUGGGUAUGAACAUUAACGCUGCUAUUGAUGAUUGGUUAUCUGUUAAAAAUAAUGUGGAAACUAGGAAGAUUAUGAAGAAGUAUGCAGUUCAAAGCAAAAUACUCACCUUUACGUUAUUAUACUCGUUAUAUGUAUGCCUUGGCAUGUAUAUGGCAGUUGUCAUAUUCAUUAAUCUGAAGCAGAUAUUCUCCACAGACAUGAAUUUAGUGAAUGUGUUACACUAA